CAAGUUCAACAGCUGUUGCCGGGAACACAUUGCAGUUUUGCUGCUCGUUUAGCGUUUUCUAUUUUCUUUGCGUAUUUGUGUGUAUUUAUUCAAUUCCAAUAAAACAACACAGAAAUUAAACGAAAUGGCAAACAUCGAACGCAAGGGUACCUUUAAGGUGGAGUAUCUUCAGCAAAUUGAGCGUGAUAUGCAGCAACGCUGGGAAGCUGAACAUGUACACGAAACUGAUGCGCCAGCUGAGCCACGCCAAAGUCUGGAUGAGAAGUUCUUUGUCACUUUUCCGUUUCCCUACAUGAAUGGUCGCCUACAUUUGGGUCAUACAUUCUCGCUAUCUAAAGCCGAAUUUGCUAUGCGUUAUCAUCGGCUAAAGGGACGACGUGUGCUUUGGCCAUUUGGUUUUCACUGCACUGGCAUGCCUAUUAAAGCAUGCGCCGAUAAGUUGAAACGAGAAUUGCAAGACUUUGGCUAUCCGCCUAAAUUUCCGGUGGAAGAAAACUCAAAUGUUCCCGUAGAGCCGGAACAAGGCGAAGUGCCAAAAGACAAAUCCAAGGGUAAGAAGAGCAAGGCAGUUGCCAAAACAGCUGCCGCCAAAUAUCAGUGGCAGAUUAUGCAAAGUCUUGGGUUGAAAGACGAGGAGAUAAAGAAUUUCGCAGAAGCAGAAUACUGGUUGAACUAUUUUCCGCCUCUGGCUAUCAAGGAUCUAAAAAGUCUAGGCCUUCAUGUAGACUUUCGGCGCACUUUCAUCACGACUGAUGCGAAUCCCUAUUACGAUUCAUUUGUACGUUGGCAAUUUCUCCAUCUAAAAAAUCGCGGCAAAGUGAUGUACGGUAAGCGUUACACCAUUUACUCACCAAAAGAUGGUCAACCUUGCAUGGAUCAUGACCGUUCAACGGGCGAGGGGGUAGGCCCACAAGAAUACACCUUGAUUAAAAUGAAGUUGCUUGCAAAGCCAGCAAAGCUGAGUGGAGUUAAUGCACUUAUUUAUAUGGUGGCCGCCACGCUCCGCCCAGAAACUAUGUAUGGCCAGACAAACUGUUGGUUGCAUCCUGAUAUUAAGUACAUUGCCUGGCAAACAUCACGCUCAAAUGAGGUGUGGAUAAGCACACGUCGCGCAGCGCGAAAUAUGUCCUACCAGGGCUUUAGUGCCGAAGAAGGAAAGGUGAGAGAGAUCGCCGAGCUGACUGGUCAGGAUUUGUUGGGCACACCGCUUGCUGCGCCAAUGACAUCACACAAAGUUAUCUACACUUUGCCAAUGUUGUCGAUUAAAGAAGAUAAGGGCACUGGGGUUGUGACGUCUGUGCCUUCCGAUUCGCCUGAUGAUUAUGCGGCCUUAGUAGAUUUGCAGAAAAAAGAAGCAUUCCGUCAAAAGUACAACAUCAAGGAUGAGAUGGUACUACCUUUUACGCCCGUGCCUAUCAUAGAGGUGCCCACGUUGGGAAACACAUGUGCUAUCUACGCCUAUGAAAAAUUUAAAAUACAGUCCCAGAAUGACAAAGACAAAUUGGCUGAAGCGAAGGAGCUUUGCUACUUGAAAGGAUUUUACGAUGGCGUACUUUUGGUUGGUGAAUUCGCUGGACGCAAAGUGCAGGAUAUAAAGAAAGAUUUACAGAAAAAACUUGUAGCCGCGAAUGAAGCAGAAAUCUAUUAUGAACCAGAAAAACUAAUUCUUUCCCGUUCUGGCGAUCAGUGUGUAGUGGCACUUUGCAAUCAAUGGUAUUUGAACUACGGCGAGCCUGUGUGGCAAGCGGAAACCAAGAAGAUGCUGGAUGGCAUGGAGGUAUACCACGAAGAGGCGCGCAAUAACUUCGAAGCAUGCUUGAAUUGGUUGCACGAAUACGCCUGCUCUCGAACUUAUGGGCUUGGCACAAAGCUGCCGUGGGACCAACAGUGGCUUAUUGAAUCGCUAUCCGAUUCCACAAUUUAUAUGGCUUUCUACACAGUUGUGCACCUUCUGCAAGCCGGAUCCUUUAGAGGCGAAAUACCGAGUCCACUAGGCAUUACCGCCAAAGAUAUGACACCCGACGUGUGGGAUUACAUUUUCUUCAACGAAACUCCCUAUUCCGAUAAACUGCCGGUAAAGAAAGAAUCGCUAGACAUUUUGCGUCGCGAAUUCGAGUACUGGUAUCCUAUGGACAUACGUGUCAGCGGCAAGGAUUUGAUUAAUAACCAUCUUACAUUUAUGCUCUACAACCACGCUGCCAUUUGGCCAAAUAACGAAGACAAGUGGCCUAUGGGUACCCGAGUCAAUGGCCAUCUACUACUAAAUUCCGCCAAAAUGUCCAAGUCUGAUGGCAAUUUUCUUACACUCUACGAAGCCGUUGAGAAAUUUUCUGCUGAUGGUACGCGACUUUGCCUGGCCGACUCCGGCGACGGCGUAGAAGAUGCCAACUUCGUUGUAAGCACUGCCGAUGCUGGUAUUCUUCGGCUGUACACAUUUAUUGAGUGGGUGAAAGAGAUGCUAGCUUCACGUGCAUUGCUCCGUAAGGGCGAACCGGACACUUUCAACGACAAGGUGUUCAUCAGUGAAAUGAAUCUGAAGACGCGCGAAACCGACGAGAAUUAUCGCAAAAUGUUGUUCAAAGAAGCGCUGCGCACUGGUUUCUAUGAGCUGCAACUAGCUCGUGACAAAUAUCGCGAGCUGUCUGGGGCGCAAGGUAUGCAUGAGCAGUUGGUGCUGGAGUUUAUACGCCGCCAAGCACUUCUUGUGGCGCCCAUUUGUCCACAUGUUGCCGACUAUGUGUGGGGCCUGCUAGGCAAUAAGCAGUCCAUAGUACACGCGCGCUGGCCUAGCGUAGGCGAAAUCAAUGAGAUUGAUAUUAAACGAUCUGAGUAUUUGAUGGAAGCGGCGCAUUCGUUCCGACUCAAUCUGAAGAAUUUACUUCAUGUCAAGGGCAAGGGUGGCAAGGAGAAGGCGGUGGACCCGGCAAGUGUCAAGCCGGAUCGCGCAUUAGUCUGGGUGGCCAAAACAUACCCACCAUGGCAGUGUUGUGUGCUCGACACGCUGCGUGAGUUGUACAGUAAAGAUGGCAAGUUUCCGGAUAAUAAAAUUAUUGCUGCAACGCUGCAGCAAAAGGAGCAGCUAAAGAAGUUCAUGAAGCGUGUAAUGCCCUUCGCGCAAAUGAUACGCGAGAAAGUGGAAAGUGGCAAAGGUGUUGAUGCGCUCGCCAUCAAUUUGGAAUUCGACGAGCGACAAGUGCUGCUUAACAAUCUGGACUAUCUGAAAAAUACAUUAGAUGUGGAUGACUUAGAAGUUAAAUACACCGACGAUCCCAGUGCACCAGAGAAGACGCGUGAAGAGGUGCGUCCUGGCUCACCUUUCAUUGCGUUUAUGAUAGCGCCGAAUGUAACAGUCGAACUGGUAAAUCCAGUUGAGCGUUCCGGAUUGUUUCAAGUAAACACAGUCAUUUGUGAAGGCGACACGGUAAAGCAGUUGAUUGAAAAACUGGCAAAGUUGAUAAACUUUAAAGCUGACCUGUCAACUCUCAAAAUUUGGCGCUAUGAUGAUCCAGCGCUUGGACCACGCCAAAUUCCAUUAUUCCAAGAUUACAAAACCGGCAAGACUCCAUUGACCGAGGGCGAAUUUUCAUUAGAUGUAGAGAAGAAGCAGGUUUCAUUGAAAGUCGAUGACAAAGUUGUCGAAGUUGGUCGCCAAUUCAUCUAUGUGGUUGAUUAGUUUGCCCCAUUAAGAUAUUAAAAAAAAAAUUAUUAAUUUAUUUAAAUAAAUUAAUUUACAAUAAUUUAUAAUUAUUUAAAGAAUUCGGAAUUUCACAACAAAAGAUUUGCUGAGCAUGUAAAAGGUUACUGAGUUACGUCCUAUGUAUAAAUAAAAAGUUGGUACAG